GCUUCUUUGCAGUCACAAGGAUUGAAAACUAACAGAAAUGGGAAAAAGCUUUCUCACGAGGUGAUUUAAUCUUUUUUAAUGCACCAUUAAAAUUAUGUCACUACGCUUGGCACCAAAUACUGUAACCCCAUCUAAUUUUGAAAAUGAGGUCAGAAACUAGCAAUCAAGCUAGUACUUCAUAUCUGCUUUCUUUAGAUGUGGCCAAAUUAACGAACUCAGUUGUGUUUCCAGGUUAAAGAGGAAAUAAUGGAAAAUAGAAGCUACCCUGAUGCGCCAGACAAACUUCCCACCUUCUCCACUUCUGCCCACUCACCACUGAGCAGGUCCUUCUAUCUGGACCCUAUGGUCCCUUUCCACCUGUGCCCUGAGACCCCGGGGCCAUCCCCUUACUCUGAGGAGCUGCCAUGGCUGCCUUUUCCUGGUGACUCCCUACUCAUGGAUAACUACGGUGAACCCUACCCCUUGCCUUUCCCAAUGCCUUACCCAAGUUACAGAAGGUGUGACUACUCCUACGGGCCGGCCUUCAUCCGGAAAAGGAAUGAGCGGGAAAGACAGCGGGUCAAGUGUGUCAACGAAGGCUACGCCCAGCUCCGGCUUCACCUGCCAGAGGAAUAUUUGGAGAAGCGACUCAGCAAAGUGGAAACCCUGAGAGCAGCGAUCAAGUACAUCAACCACCUGCAGUCUCUUCUGCACCCUGACAAAGCCAACGCCACGAAUAGCCCGGGCACUGGCACUUCCAUUGUGGCAACCUCCAGCUGCCAACUGGACCCUAUUUUUAAAAUUGUCUGAUUCAGGAUUUCCAAACAAGAGCAAUUUCACAGAAUGGGGUCUCUCACAACCUCGUUCGAUGGUUUUUUCCCAUAUAUUUUCUGCACGGCAGAUAAUAGUCCUGCCGCUCACCUGCACCAGGUUAUUUCUUGCCUGGGCUCCAGGUGUACCAAGCUUUAGCUCAUGUAGCCUGGGCAGAUGCUUCUCUUUCUUCUGAGAGCCUGUGGGGAGCUGGUGCCCCGGGACUCUCUGGCCUUAGCCCAGGCCCUGGACAAAGCUCCCACCACAGCACUGCAGUCUGACACGUGACCACCCCCAGGCUGGUUGGGCUCCUUGCAGACACUUGAUGUGAAACAAUCACAAUGAACCUCCCUUGAUGCUUCUGUUUGGUGGCUUUUACUUAUUUGGGGCUGACAAGUCAUGAUCAGAG